AAUAUAUGAAACGAAAAAAAAAUUACCAUUUCUGCGUUUUAAACCCAUAUCCCACCGUUUCAGUCGAUAGUGACUCCCUCUUUCCGCGCCUGAACUGCCGCAUCGUCGUCCGCACCUCCCUCGCCGCCGUGUCCAAACCGCCGUGAUACAGAUGAGUGUUGUGACAGAUUCUCCUGUACAUUCUUCUGGCAGUGAUGAUUUCAUUGCAUAUCUCGAUGAAGCACUAGAUGCAAGCUCACCCAACUCAUCGCCGGACGAAGAAGCCGGAAGCCAAGAUGAGUUUGAGGAUGUCAGCAGAACUAAAAGACGUAAGUUUGAAAGCACUGAAGAAACUGAAGGGUCUACUUCAGAAGUAAUCAUGGAACAAAAAUCAGUUGAUGUAAAGUCAUCCGUGAUGGUAGAUGUAUGUACACAUCCGGGCUCAUUUGGAGACAUGUGUAUACGUUGUGGGCAAAAGUUGGAUGGCGAAUCAGGUGUGACAUUUGGGUACAUACACAAGGGACUGAGACUUCAUGAUGAGGAAAUUUCUAGACUGCGCGAUACAGACAUGAAGAAAUUUUUAUUUCAUAAAAAGCUUUACUUGGUUCUUGACCUUGAUCAUACACUGCUAAAUACCACUCUCCUUGCUCAUUUGAGCUCGGAAGAGUUGCAUUUACUUAACGAGACAGAUUCUCUUGAAGAUGUCGCCAAAGGCAGCCUUUUCAAAUUGGAGCAUAUGCAUAUGAUGACCAAGUUAAGGCCCUUUGUCCGUACAUUUCUUAAAGAAGCAAGUGAAAUGUUUGAGAUGUACAUAUACACCAUGGGUGAUAGACCUUAUGCAUUGGAGAUGGCCAAGCUGCUUGAUCCUAAAAAAGAAUACUUCAAUGCUAAGGUGAUUUCUCGAGAUGAUGGGACUCAAAAGCAUCAAAAGGGUCUUGAUAUUGUGUUGGGACAAGAAAGUGCUGUCUUAAUUCUUGAUGAUACAGAAAAUGCAUGGAUGAAGCAUAAAAAUAAUCUGAUACUCAUGGAAAGAUACCAUUUUUUCGCUUCUAGUUGUCGGCAGUUUGGCUUCAAUUGCAGAUCUCUUGCUGAAACGAAAAGUGAUGAAAAUGAAACAGAUGGCGCACUUGCAAGGAUUCUCAAAGUGCUCAAGCAAGUCCACUGCACAUUCUUUGAUAAACUUCAAGGGGAUCUGGCCGAUCGAGAUGUGAGGCAGGUUUUGUCAUCACUUCGAAGUGAAGUCUUAAGUGGAUGUGUGGUCGUUUUCAGCCGUAUUAAUCAUGGUGCAUUACCAACUCUCAGGAGGAUUGUGGAGCAGAUGGGAGCAACUUGUUUGACAGAACUUGACCCCACUGUUACACAUGUCGUUGCUACUGAUGCUGGAACUGAGAAGUCCCGGUGGGCAGUCAAAGAAAAUAAGUUUUUGGUUCAUCCCCGGUGGAUAGAGGCUGCAAAUUACUUUUGGCAAAAGCAACCGGAGGAGAACUUCGUCGUAAAAAAGACGCACUAAUCACUUGUAGUAUUAUAACAUUACUCUAUCCAUCAGAGAUGAAUCAAAAACUUAUUUUCUCUUUCACUGCCUACUGUGACUUCUUUUGUUGGUAGAAGCAACCUGAGCAGAACUUUUUGCUUUUUUUCAUUGCUCCUCCUGUUUUUUCUUUCCUUUCAUUUGAUCCAACACAAGCUUAGAUCUUUAUGACAAUUUUCUAGUUUAUGAAGCAAAGGAACUUGGAAGGUUACAAUGCUAUUGCAAACAUAACAUGUAUAGUAUUUCUUGGUUCCCAUUUUGUUGGAUUCACAUGUAUAUUGUACCUCAAAAUGCAAAUGGUGGUUGGGAAAAUCAACUGACAUAAGCUUGCAACAAAGUGUUGCAAACUUGCACAUGGAUUUUGGAAGGAUUAACAGCACAUUUGGUCUAUGUGAUGAGCGAAAUUUGGUUUUAA